CCUUAUAGCCCCGCGGAGGUAGGAAUCCCGGACGAGUGGUACGGACAUCGCCGACGGAGACCACAAACACGGAGCGGAGCGUUCCCCUUUAAACACGGUCUUAUGACUACAGACCGCUUCAGACUGAACCAGAGGCUAACAGCCGAGAGCAGAAGAGGGGUUACUCUACUGACAGGAAGCCGGGGGACAGUGACUGACGGCAGGGGACAGACAGGACACAGGUCCGCUCCAGAGGCUGAAUGGUCUGUGUCCAGUCAGAGAACAGUUGAACGGAAACUACCUCACCUGUCCGCAGAAUUUUGUGCUUUUGUCCGCGUGUCGCACCCUGUGGACACAUCCUCUCGUGCAGCACUGAGGAGAUGUGUCGGCUGCCAGUGGCCUCACUCAUCAUUUGCUUCUGGUUGGUGGAGAGAAGCUACUGCAACAACAGCCUUCAGGACAGCAUGAGGGAGCUGCACACCAGGUUCGCCAUCAGCCUCUACCAGACUCUCACAGAGACGGAGAACAACUCCAACUUGAUCGUGUCGCCAGUUAGCGUCUCCUUGUCUCUCGCGCUCCUGCAGCUUGGCGCCAGGGGCAACACACUUGCUCAGCUGGAGGGAACACUGGGCUACAAUGUGAAUGAUGCCCACGUACAAGACUUCCUGUCGCACUCCCAGGCCAACAUGAACAACAACAGCCAGGGCAUGUGGCUGCAGCAGACCUGCACAUUAUUCAUCCAGAGUGGUGUCCAGCUCCUGCCUGGGUUCACACAGCUUGCAUCAGAGUGGGCCAACACCAGCGUGGUCCGAGCCAACUUCAGCCAGCCCAAUCAAACCCACAGCCAACCGGAGCGAGCGGGACACCAGCAAGAUGAGUCAUGGCAUCUCCUGGCAGGAAGCGUCAGCGGUGAGCUGUCAGGCUCGGGCGAGGCCCAAGCAGAGGCUCUUUGGUGGGGACACCGGCCGCAGGUGGCCCUGGUCAACACAGUGGCCUUCAAGGGCGUCUGGCAGAAGCAGUUCAUGUUCACCAACACCCAGAAUCUGCCGUUUGUGCUCUCAGAUGGGAAUGUGAUCAAGGUGCCCAUGAUGUAUCAGGCCGCAGAGGUUAGCUUUGGUCAAUUCAGGACAGCGUCAGAACAGCGCUACACCGUGUUGCAGCUGCCGUACCUGGGCCGCUCCCUGAGUCUGCAGGUGGUCCUUCCCAGUGAGAGGAAGACUCCGCUGUCCUCCCUCGAGGCCCAGCUCACUGCACGCCAGCUGGCAUCCUGGGACGGCGGCCUGCGGAGAACCAAAAUGGACAUCUUCCUGCCGAGAUUUAAAAUGCAGAACAAAUUCAACCUGAGGUCGGUGCUCCCUGCUCUGGGCGUCAGUGACGCCUUUAACCCGACAGCAGCUGACUUCACUGGAAUAUCAGCAGAGGAGGGUCUUUAUGUGUCUGAUGCCUUCCAUGAAGUAAGAAUAGAAGUCACAGAGGAUGGAACAAAGGCAGCUGCUGCUACCGCUAUGGUGCUACUCAAAAGAUCCCGGGCUCCUGUUUUCAAGGCGGACCGACCCUUCUUAUUUCUGCUUCGACACAUUAAAACAGGAUCCAUCCUCUUCAUGGGCCGAGUAAUGAACCCAGCAGACCAAGCAUCCUGAAACCGUCCAACCUAAACGCCACUCACAUUCACCUCUACAGCAGCCCAUUUCACUACUGGUAUUUAUUUGUGGACCAAAUGGAGGCUCCACAGACA